AUGGAAAAAUCCAUUGGAAUGAGAAAGGCAUUGCAAAAUUUUGUGAGCUACAUUCUUCUCCCAAAUUCCAAAUUUACCUUCUUUUCGUCCCUGCAAUUACAAGCCUACCUUCCACCUUCUGUCUCUGGCUUCUACAACCUCCCAUCGGGGGCGGCGGCGGCUCGGCGUCUUAUUGGCUCUUGCCAACGAACCGAGGCGACUCCCUUGCUUUCUCCUCCGGACUCACCCCCGCCGAAGAAGCUGAAGACCAUGUCGGAAAUAUUGGCCAAGGCAAAGUACGCUGUCGUGGAGCGAGCUGACUACAACGACGUGAGCUGCGAGCAAUGCGGCUCCGGUGACCUGCCUGAUGAACUCCUCUUGUGUGACAAAUGCGAUAAGGGAUUUCCCAUGAAAUGCGUGAGGCCAAUUGUUGCAAGAGUCCCGAUUGGAUCUUGGCUCUGCCCUAUGUGCUAUGGCCAGAGACGAGUAAGAAGGCUUUCACAGAAGAAGAUAAUUGAUUUUUUCAGGAUUCGGAAUGGUAAUUGUAAGAAAGAUAAAUGCAGUUCUCUUCAAGAGAUGAGAAAGUGCCGAAGACGGUCUGGAUCACUGGUGUAUCAAAAGAAAAGGCGGAGAUUGUUGCCUUUUAUUCCAUCAGAAGAUCAUUCCGAAAGGCUGAAACAAAUGGGCAUCCUUGCUUCUGCAUUGACGGCAUUACAAAUGGAGUUUAGUGAUGAUCUAACCUACAUGCCUGGCAUGGCUUCUAGAUCUGCCAAUCAGGCAAAGUUUAAAGAGGGUGGCAUGCAGGUUCUUUCCAAAGAGGAUACAGAGACAUUGGAACAAUGUAGAGCUCUGUGUAUGAGAGGCGAAUGCCCUCCCCUUAUAGUGGUUUUUGAUUCAUGUGAAGGAUUUACAGUUGUGGCAGAUGGCCAGAUAAAAGAUAUGACACUUAUAGCAGAAUACACAGGCGAUGUGGAUUACAUUAGAAACCGUGAACAUGAUGAUUGUGAUAGUAUGAUGACCCUUCUCUUAGCAAAAGACCCAUCUAAAAGUCUUGUCAUCUGCCCUGAUAAACGCGGAAAUAUUACUCGCUUUGUCAAUGGCAUUAACAACCAUACUCUGGAUGGUAAGAAGAAGCAGAAUUGUAAAUGUGUGAGAUACAAUGUAAAUGGUGAAUGCCGGGUUUUUUGGGUUGCUACUCGUGAUAUUGCUAAAGGAGAGAGGCUAUACUAUGAUUAUAAUGGAUAUGAGCAUGAAUAUCCUACUCAACAUUUUGUUUGAGAAAUUUAUAGAUAGUUGGCUGACAGUCCUACUGCCCUGGGAUUUGGAUCCUCAUAGAUCCUUUCUUAUUGGUGUUUAAUUUCACAGCUUACUCAAUGUUGCUGCAGAGUCAAAAACAUUUCUCUUUAUGUACUCUUGGGCCAUUUAUAGUAAGUUAUGAACCUCUAAUGGGGCCAUGAGAAAAUUUAGAGAAGGGAAGAAAAGUUUUUUCCUUGGAAUUUAGAUAUGAAAUUUUGAUAUUGUAGAAAUAUUUUUAGGAAACAGAAUCCUUUUGUAAUACAGAUUUCAAUUGAAAUCUUUUCUGUUAUUGGCAACUCUCAUUUCAGUGCUUAUGUUUUAUUCAAAUUUUGGUUCUCUUAAAGAAUUUUAAGAAUUUCUUUCACUUUCUCCUUAACACAUCUAAGAAUUGUGAUCUUUAAGUUGGAAAUUUGACUAACAUUAUCAUUGUUUGCGUUUAUUGAACUCAUGCUUUAGGUGUUCUGUUUGUAAAUGUUCUAGAUUGUCCCUUGGAAUCCAGGAGAAGUAUCAAUUUCUUUUCAUUUCAGUUUUUAUGUUCUUAGUACUCAACGGUUGUACAAAACAUUUGUAGAUCUAACACUUAGCCACGGGUAGAUUCAAAGGUAUUCUUUAAAGCUGCAUAGUUGAAAUUAACUGGAAGCUGGGAGACAUGGUGAGCUGUAUCAUCUUGUUGCCACUUCUAGAAUUUACCAGAAACUCAUGUUGCAGGUUUUAAACUUGUGUAUAGUCAUGUUGCAAGUUUGAAUCUUCCAUGUGCAAGGAGCUUAUGUUACCUGUCCAAAACGAUAAUUUGUGCUGCUGCAUCUACCUUACCAGGCCAGUCAAGCAUUGUUUUCAAGGUUGAUAAGAAGUUAUUUAUAUUGAAGGUUGCUGUUGUUAGCAGUGGUGAUUAUGAGACAGUAAGAACUAUCAGAUUAUUAUUUUAGGUGGAAAGAAUACUAUUGGAGCUUGAUCAUUGGAAAUUUUGAAACAAGGAUCCCUGUUUCUAGGCUUGGGAAAUCAUAUAUAAGUGAGAUUACCAUAUUAUCUUAAAUGAUCGUGGAAAAAUGUAAAUUGCAGUUUUCUUUAAAGGACCUUUCUUCAUGGUUAUGUGCUUCCUAGGGAAUACCAAGGAUGUUUAUUGACACGGUGGUCUCCCACAAUUCUAUGAUAAAAAUUCUGAUGUCUGAAAA